GACACAGAGCCCGGGGCGGGACACAGAGCCCGGGGCGGGACCCGACACACGGGGCCCGGCCCGUGCCGGUGCCGCCACCGCCGGUUCCGGGCCGGUCCGUGGGGCCCCGAUGUCUCCGCGAGCUGCCCCGCCGCGGUUCGGGCCGCUGCAGCUGGUGCUGGCGGCGGCGGGGACGGCGGCGGCCACCCUGGACCUGUGCAUGGACGGCUGGGUGGCGGCGGAGUACGCGCGGCGCGGCCACCCCGGCUGGGCCGCGCUGUCGCUGUCGCUGCUCGCCGCCGCCUCAGCCGCCGCCCAGGCCUGCAGCUGGCUCUGGCUGCGCUCCGACCCGCCCGCCCUGCGCCCCGCCGUGCCCCUGGGGCUGCUCGCCGCCCUCCACCUCCUACAGCUCGGCUUUUUCUUAAGGUGCCUCCAUGCUCUGAAGGUGGGCUGGAGGGUGUGCUGGGCGAAGGAGGAGGAGGAGGAUGAGCAGAGACACAUGGCCUUCCUCUCCCAUGACAUCAGCAUGCUGCGUCUCUUCGAGACCUUCCUGGAGAACACCCCGCAGCUCACCCUGCUCCUCUACAUUAUCCUGCGGACAAACAAGGCUGAGCUCUCCCAGGGCCUGGGGAUGGGCACUGCGUUCCUGUGUGUGUCCUGGUCUCUGCUGGACUACCACCAGUCCCUGCGCUCCUUCCUGCAGGACAAGUACGAGCUGAGCCUGGGCUCUUCCGUCGUCUACUUCCUGUGGAACCUCUUCCUCAUCUGCCCCCGCAUCCUGGCGGUCGCCCUCUUCGCCCUGCUCUGGCCCUACGGUGUGGCUGUCCACUUCCCACUUGUGUGGCUGGCCAUGUUCCUCUGGGUCAGCCUGCAGGGCACGGACUUCAUGGAAUCACCCGGCCCCGAGCAGCUUUACCGGGCCGUGGUGGCUGUGAUCCUCUACUUCAGCUGGUUCAAUGUGGCACAGGGGAGGACGCUGCACCGCAGCAUCAUCUACCACAGCUUCAUCCUGGUGGACAGCUCGCUGCUGGCCCUGGCCUGGCUCUGGGGCCGGGCUCCCUCCGAGGAGCACUCGUACCUCCUCCCGGUGCUCUCUGCUGCCCUGCCCUGCUACCUGCUGGGGCUGGGGCUGAGGGUCACCUACUACAAGUGGCUGCACCCCAACGUGCAGGUGCAGCAGGAGGGCAGAUAUGACGAGGUGGAUGCCAGUGGAGGGAGUGAUGGGGUGAAGUUUUGCUCGUUUUUGGAACCAGACCUUGUGAACAGGAGGAUGCAGUGGCUGGCCCAGACCCAUUUCUCCUUGUCCCAGCCAGCACAGCAGCACUUCCUGAAUGGGGCUGUGGAGUCUGCUAUCUGAGGGCAGGUCCUCUAAAAGGACAUGUGGGGGAAGUAGACUUGUUGUUUGUGUCCCUGGUUGUGCCCCCCAGGCUGCUGUUUUGGACAGCUGGAGGGGUCUGGCAGAAACCAGGGGUGAUGUGGAAACACCUGAUGAGUCCCAGGGCACACAGCAUGGGCUCCCAUGGCUGGACCCUCAAGGAAAACCAGUGUUUGUGGUGAGUCCAGCACAAUGUAGCAUAUACCUGCUCUGCUGUGUUAGGUUUUCUUGUUAUUUAUUACUAGUUUUUUCAAAAGAAAAAAAAAAAAAUAAAGACCAUUGGUUUAUUUUC